UCACAUUCUCUGCCGUCAUCAUGGAGUACAAUCACCUAGACUACGACUACGAAGUAGAACUCACGAUUACCAAUGCCUCUUCUUCUGCAUCGGAAUCAUCGUGGAGUGCAUACUCCAUUUCGAUUAUCUAUAACGAUUGUCCGACGGUGGACGUUGUAAACGCGACGCGCUUACUUGAGACCGAGGCGCCUAUUUACAAGUAUAGAGACGAAAUAUAUAUGGAGUUCUUUUUACCUUUCCUGCUCUGUGUUGGGGUGAUUGGAAAUCUUUUGUUUAUUUACGUAGUGUGUAGCAUGUCCACCAUGCGUACCGCCACCAACUGGUGCCUGGCCAACUUGGCUGUAGCAGACUUGGUGUUCCUGGUCGUUGGGAUCGGCGAGAAGUUGUGGAUGUAUCAUCAUUCUCCGUUUAUCAAUGAUCGCCUCACUUUCGGGGAGUUUGGCUGCCCCAUCGUCUUCGCUGUCGUCGACACCUCCUAUUUCGCGGCGCUUUUUAUGGUGACUCUCGUGUCUAUGGAGCGAUAUUACGCGGUAUGCCGUACCCAGAGUGCGCGUACCAAUACGCGCAAGUCCAUGUUUAUCGCUCUGGUGGUAUUAUCGUGGAUCAUUAGCAUCGGGAUCGCAGUGUCCUUCGUUCCUGCAUCGAAUGUCAACUUUACAGGAUGCCGUGUCUGGCCGGAUGUUGAACCCUUCAAGAACUUACCAAUGUACCGGUCAGAAUGCACGUCCUCCGUAGGGUUCGAAAGCUUUUCGCUCUACGUGAACAUCGCGAGAACUAUCCCCUUUUUUCUUCUGAUCACUUUCAAUCUAUGGAUGUACGUAUGUAUCGUCAAAAGCAUGACGCGCGCCGUCCGCGAGACGCGCAUCGCUGGACGCGAAGACAUCAAUCUCAAACAACGAAAUCAAGUCGCAGGCAUGCUCAUGGUCAACGGCCUCAUCUUCUUCAUCUGUCUAGUGCCCUUUGAGAUCUUCUGUAUUCUGGAAGCCAUCAAUAUGGUCCGACCAGAGAAGACGCCCCUUAUUUCGGGGAGCGUAACAGUCCCACUUAGAUAUGCCUCCCAGGCUAUGUCUUACGUUAACAACGUCGUCAAUCCUGUGGUGUAUAUUGGAUUGAGCAAGAGAUAUCGUGAUGCCUUUAAGAAUGCUAUCCUGUGCCGAAGACGGGUGGAUUAUAACUCCGGGAUCAAGACUAGGACUCGGUCGUCAACCACUACUAGUACAGUAUUGAGUGUGUAUGUAAAGAGACCCGUCAAUGUCAAAGGCACUAUAUAGCUCUAUACACACACAGUCAAACCUGUCUAUAGCGACCACCCAAGGGAAACACAA